AGAACUUUGCCUUACCACCAACACCACCCAUCAGCAUCUACUUCUUCUACAUCUUCAUUUCUCAGGAAUGCAGGUAACUUGCAUUAAAUAUAUGCCUAUAGUUCGGUGUUUCGGGUCUUGUUGGAGUGAGCUGGGGUUUUUGGUGGUCUGGUUUUGGUUUGGCAUGGGUUUCAGUCGAAGCACAAGAAUGUGUUGUUUGGUAAGUGGUCUCUUUGAUUCCAGUACUUGCUACAAGAUGGACUUUGAUGGCUUUUUUUUUACCAUUUAGUCAGGAUUCGUGCCUUGGAAAAAAGCAAGCUGUUCUUUGUCCUCCUCUGGUUGGGUUUUGUCUUCAAAGUUGUGGAUUUGGGCAGUUCGAGUCUCUCUUUCUUCUCAUGCAAGAAAGAGAAAUGAGCAGGGUAAAGAGCAAAUGCAAGAGCCUUUCUUGAUUCCGUUCUUGAGUCUCAUUAUCCCUAAUUGUUUCUUUGGAGAAGAAUCAUGAGCAAGAGUGGGGAAAUGGAAAAAAAAUGAUCCAUUCGGUUCAGCUUGAUCUGCUUCAUUGAGUGUUGCAGGCAAGAAAUGCAUGUUUUGAUCUGUGACCCUUUUUCUCCUUCGAGAGCUCUGUUCCUAUGUUCUCUACUAUGGGGUUGGAUUCAGGCAACUUUGAUGUGAACAUGCAUGGAGUGAGGGGGCCCUUCGCGCCAUCUCAGUGGCUGGAGCUCGAACGCCAAGCCUUGAUCUACAAGUACAUUGUUGCAUAUGUGGCCAUACCACCCAACCUUCUCAUCCCUAUUAGAACAAGUCUAAGCCCUUCUGGGUUUUCUCCCUUCUCAGUUGGAUCCUUUGGCUCAAGCACAUUGGGAUGGGGAUCAUAUCAUCAAAGAUAUACUGGAAAUGAUGAUCCAGAACCUGGUAGAUGCCGUCGAACGGAUGGGAAGAAAUGGCGGUGCUCAAAGGAUGCUGUUGCCGACCAGAGGUACUGUGAGCGGCACCUGAAUCGGGGUCGCCAUCAUUCAAGAAAGCGUGUGGAAGGCUGCACUCGCCAUGGCUCGGAAGCCAUAGCCAUAGUACCUCUGCAGUCUGCUUCUGCCAUUUCUGGCAGCAGAACAUCUGAUAAUCUCCCCACUUCACAGCACCAGGCUGCAAACUUAGAGACAAACAUCAAUGACUGUUGCCCUGCACAGUUUGAUAGGAUGCCAAUGAGCAAAGGAAAUGUAAAUGAGCGUGCACAGGAAUCUGAAGGCCUCUCCAUGCGAGGCUUUUUGAGAUCAAGACCCAUGAGUGACUUAUUUCCAGUAUCAGAGGAACAUAAUCCCUUUGAAGAGACCCCAUCUGGAGUAAAACUUGGGCACGUUUCCAUGGAUUCGCUUUUUAAUGAUUCAAGUAGCACCUCCUCAGAUAAUAUCAGCAGCCAUAUCACCACUGCAAAUCUCAAUGAUCAGCAGAAGAGACCCCAUCCCCUUCAAUGCUUCAACGAUGAGUCUGAUCAUUCAAAUAUAUCCUGGUCUGGGGUAGAAAUGCAAUCUGAUAGAACCCAAUCGUCUAUCUCGUUCCCUAUGGCUUGUUCUCCCUGCAAUUCAUCAGCAGAAUAUGAUCCCAUCAAUGUAGGUCUGAGAGUUGGUGUACCAUGCAAAGUAAGCAAAUGUCAAACUGGUUGGUUACCGAUCUCCCCGGAGUCUUCUAUGGCAGGACCGCUAGGAGAGGUCCUAAACAGAACUAGCAGCACUAUCAAACAACAGAUAAACUUCUUGACUGAUAGCUGUGAUUUUAGCCCUUGGUUGGAGUCCUCGCCAACCGGUGUCCUACAGAAAGUUUUGUUUGGUUCAGUGUCCAGCAGCACCGGAAGCAGCCCUGGGGCUGAGAACAGCAAGGCCCACAAAAGCAAUGGAAGCUUGUGUGAGGAUGUUUUUGGCUCAACCCUUGAAGAUCUUCAUACCAUCCCCUCAUAAUGUGCUUUGAUCAGAAACCUGCAACAAGAAGACAGAAGAAGCAGGAGACAAAAUGAGAAGAUGAUACAAGAAAAAGUCUACUGAAAAGCAUGGCACUUGUGUUGAUUUGAAGUAAGGAAUGCAAGACCAAUGAGCUUCCCUUUUCUAGUUGUGUUCUUUAUUUGCUCGUUUUAUUGUGUACUAUUCACUCUAAAAUUAUGCACAAAACAUGGUGCAUGGCUUCAAUUAAUCACCUUUCUGGGAACAGAAGCAUCCUAUAAUUAAGGUGCUUUAUCUGCA